AUGGCUGACGAUUUCGUCAUUGAGGCUUUUACUCUCCUGGCUAUUGCUAUUCUGACCAUUGCCUGCCGCAUCGCGGCACGAUGGAUUACGGCGGGGCCCAAGAGUUUCGCACUGGAUGACUAUUUGAUGCCGGUUGCAGGGGUAGUGUAUGCCCUCGAAACCGGCGCCGCCUACUGCGUCAGCGCCUGGUGGCAUGGCCUCGCCAACAACUCCAUGACCGCGGCCGAGCGCGCGGCGCUCUCGCCGCAGUCCGACGAGUACCGGCUCCGCGUCGGGGGAUCCAAGACCCAGGUGCUGGGAUGGUCGCUGUACACCACUUUGCUGUGGUUGCUCAAGACGUGCAUGGCGGUGUUCUAUUCGAGACUGACGGCUGGGCUGUACAACAUGACCCGUCGCAUCCGCCUCGCCUACAUCUUCGUCGCCUGCACCUACAUCGCAGUCAUCCUGAGUAUCCUGCUGGGGUGUCAUCCGCUCCACAAGAACUGGCAGAUCCACCCGGAUCCCGGGAACUAUUGUCAGCCGGCCGUCUCGCAUAUCGAUGUGUACGUGACGGUGACGCUGAAUGUGGCGACGGAUGUGUAUCUGAUUUCGAUUCCGUUUCCCAUCCUCUUCAAAGCCCGUCUCCCGUGGCGCGAGAAGCUCGAGUUGGUGGUCUUGUUCAGCGGCGGGUUAUUUGUCAUGGCGGCGGGGAUCCUGCGGUGUGUGUUGAUCGUCACGGCCGGCGCAAACGGCGCCUCGCAAGCCGGCAGCUGGGCCUGCCGCGAGACCUUCGUCGCCGUCAUCAUCGGCAACCUCCCCAUGAUAUACCCCGUGUGUCGCCGGAUGGUCAAACGGGCGGGCACAUACUGGUCGUCCCAUAGCCUCAACGCCAAGGACGGAAGUACCACGACUGGCCCUGGAGGGUCGGGGUAUCCCCUUUCUGAGGGGGAGCAUCAGAGUGCGCAUUCGCAGUCUCGGAAGAAGAAGUUCCGGCAUCCCUUGUCGUUGCCGGAUACGCAGUGGACGCAGUUGGGGACGGUCAGUGAUGAACAUAUCCUGCUCGCCGCGGUGGAUGAGGAGGGGCGGCGGGUAGAAGGGGAGGGGGGCAUUCAUGUGGUUCAGGAGUUGAUUAUUACAAGGAAUUGA